UUGGUAAAAUCUAUGUGCCGAUCGAGAUCAAGUGACCAUCGAGUUUCAAGAAGUUAUCAGUCAAAUUAUCUCUUGACUCUUGAGACAAAGUCGCACAUGUGUUUUUAUCCAAAAUUUUUCCACUUUUUAAAAAAUACGCACGCAAUGUGUAACAAAAAACUAAAUACUUCUCAAUUGAAAAUUUGCUGGUAAAAAUAUAAAAACUAUAUAAAUAUACUACUUUUUGCUGUAAAUUGUGCGUGCCAGAAAAACAGCAAAAAACAGAAACAUUAAAAUGAUGACGUUAACGUUUGUUUCUGCAAUAAUUUUAUCUUCAAGCUACUCUGCAACAAGAUCAGUAGAUGACAAAAGAGCUAUAGCAAACGGGUACAAUUCGCCCUCCAGGCCUUUCUACGUGCAAGUGGAAACAGUGUUCCAAUGGGGUGCAUCUAUGUGUGGGGGGACUCUCAUUGCAACCAACUGGGUUCUCUCAGCUGCUCAUUGCUUUGAACCUGAAUAUAUGAGUGGACCAGUGAAGAGUGUGUAUGUGUAUGAGGGGGACUUUUCCAUUCCAUCCAGCGUCAAACACAAAGUACACUGUACCUCUGUUCGCAUCUACCCCGGCUGGGACAUGAGGGCAAAAGAGGGGGACCUGGCUCUGCUCAAACUGGAAGACAAGUUCUCUCUUUCAAAAAUCCUGCCCCUCUGCACGGAGAGCUACAAAAACCAUCCGAUAGCAGCGUGCGGUAUGGGAAGACUUUCAGCGUCUGGUCCCACCGCAACUGUCCUCCAAGAGGCCAUCUUCACUGAGACAGUUGGUGGCUGUCCCGAUAGCAAGUUCAACCCUAUACAACAAAUCUGUUUAUUGGGCGACAAAAAACAGAAGCAGGAAAUGCUCUCCUUUCCAGUUUCCAGCGGACCCAUCUACCCUCUGAUUAAUGGACAGGCAGAGUGUCUCUACGGGUCACUCAGCUAUGGAUCACGUCACUGCACAGGGUGGGGGGUGUACACUAGAGUGUCAGACCACUCAGAUUGGAUCCUGAAACAGAUUGGAUCCACAACACCAUGA